AUGGCUGAAAGUGUGGUUGGCGAAUCUUCGGAUAAUGCAGCCCAGCGAGUGAUGGAGCAGAUCGAGAAUGACAUAGAAACUGGAGAUAUUUACAAUCGCUUAACACAAAAUGGAACAACAGCAGUUUCUGGUCUAGGAGGAAAUAUUUAUAAAGAAGGUGGACAGCCAGAGUUCCUUUUGAAAAGGAAGUUGCCCAUUCCUGAAGAGUUGAAACUUCAAAUUAAAAAUAUGAGAAGUCAGUUCAGUAUGGGAUUGUUCACAGAGAUUUCACGAGCAUGGGUUAUCGUAGAUCAUGACAUAUUCAUGUGGAAUUAUGAAACUAAUGAUGAUCUCGCUUACUUCGAUGCUGUUCAGAAUACAGUGUUGAAAAUAGCAUUAGUUAAAGUAAAACCAGGAAUUUUUUCGGCUCCUGUUAAUUACGGUUUGAUUGUUGGUACGAUUGCCGACUUGACUCUUUAUCCUAUGAUUGUCCAAUCUGAUGUUUCUAUUGAUCCAACGCAUUACUUCAAAGUUGCCUUGGAACACAACACUGUCAACGAUAUCAUAAGUACAGAAAGUGGCCGAGUGUUUUUCUCAGCAGACGACAAGCUCUAUGAAUUUGUUUACGAAAAUCAGAAAGGAUGGUUCCGAGAUGGCAAGAGAUGCAGAAUCGUGAACCAAUCUGCAAGCAUUCUAUCCACUCUCAUUCCUUUCUUCGGCACCUCCGCAGUUUCAGAAGAUAUUGAACAGCUCUCUGUUGACAAUUCCAGACAUAUUUUAUAUUGCUUAGGUCGUAAUGGCUCCAUUCAAGUUUUUGAUCUUGGUUUUGAUGGUCAGCAAUGCACGAGAGCCUGUGCUUUAUUGUCUGGACAAAUCUCUGCGCAAGCCAAUUUGUUAACACAAUACGGACAUGAAGAAAAUAAUUUUUCGAGCAUUGUUUCCAUUUCUGCUUUGGAGUCUUAUCAGUCUAAUCAGUUGAACUUGGUUGCUGUAACCUCGAAAGGAGUUCGUAUUUAUUUCUCUGUUUUGGAGCGAAAAGUAGGAUUCUAUGGAAGAAAUGAUCAAGGAGUGUAUCAUAAGAAUUUGACACAAGAGGAAGCUCGAGUGCAGAAAUUACGUGUUGCUCAUAUCCGUUUCGCUCCUGGUGUCGUGCCUUCCUCUGUAUAUGGACAGGGCAUGCAAGGAGUUUCUGUAGCUUAUGCUGAUCAUUCACUAUGUGUUAUGGCUACUGUCAACAGGAAAAUCGUUUGGUCUAUGUCUGAUCUAUACUUCCCUCAUUCCAAGUUUUUAAGAGAAGCCAAGAGCGAGUUGAUUGUAGAUGGAAAUGUUUGGGCAAUAGCUCCCUUGUACAAAGAGUUGUUACCAUAUGCACGAACUGAUAAGUUGUUCGUACCUCGAGCUCUUGCCCAUAACUUCUUAAGACAAGUUAUUAUCGGACAUUCCCGUUUAUUAGUUUGUUCAAAUGAGGGUAUUCACGAGUUUGAGCAGUUCACUCCAACCGAUGCUCUUUGGCAUGCUUUGGAAGAUGGAGGUCCAGACGGACGUGCUACUGCUGAUCUUUUGAGAGAAUUUGGCCAGACAGAGCUUCUAUUUCUGGCACUCCGUUUAUUGUGCAGUGAUGUUCCUAAGGAUGAACGUGUUAAGGAUAAGGCUGCUGCUCUUUUCUACACGUUGAAAGAUCUUCCAACUGCUCAAGGAGAUGUUACACACAACCCCUCCUGGAAUCCAGCCGAAGAUAGUAUUGCUGACUGGGCUAAUCGAAUGAGAUCUCCUCUUUUCGCUUCAACCCCCGAGCACAGCAUUGCUUCUCCCAAUUUCUUCUCUACACCGGCUUGUAAAUCACCAACAGGCAAUCAGUCUAUGGUAGGAGGUGUUCCACAUGCUUUGAACGCAACUCAUAGGCACGAUGCUCUGUACUUAUAUUUCUCACGUUUAGUCUCUUCAAUAUGGACCUAUUCAGUUUGUAAAAUAACAAACAAAUCGCUCGUCACUCUACUCUCUAAGGAUGAAUUAGAUUGGCUGUCUAAUGAGUUGCGUAAACUCUGUGACGUCAUGGAAAAGUAUCGUUUACUACCUGCUACCGAAGCCGGUUUUAGAAACACUGCUGUUGGGAGAAUUAGAAAUGAUAAUUCCAACGCUGAAAGACAAUCUCUAUUGGUUCUGAGGAAGUUGGUCACUCUUUCUGCUGAAACAUUAUCACUCUGGUCCAUAGCGAACAGUUUUGAUUUGCAUGCUGUUUCAGCUGGCAUGAAUACAGAAACCCUACAACUUCUGGCGAACAGACGUUUUUAUCAAUUAGCUAAUGAAUCUGAUCAUUUGAAUGCAGAUUUAAUCAGAGCUUUGAUUAAGUACUUCCUCGGAGAUGAAGCCGGAACUCGGGAGUUAUCUGAUCGUUUGAGAAAAGACUGUCCCACUCUCUAUUCGGCGGAUGACGCAUGUGUCACCAAUGCUAUGGAGCAGUUAGGAGCCGCUACAAGCAUACUUCCUGGUCCUCAGCGUCGUCAACUGAUUGAAAAUGCCUGUCAAAUGCUGUCGUCCUCAAUACUCAAAGUAGACUUGCCAUCUAUCAGUCAAACUUUGAUUCCAUUGAAUGGUUACGAGCAACUGGUUGAUCUUUGUUUACUCCGUGCCAAGAAAGAAGACCCAAGGCAAUUGGCGCUUGUAGCUUUCAACAAAGGCAGUUGCACCGAUGAUGUUGAGAUGAACUUAGUUCUUGAGAAGAGGAUGAAAGCUUACAAGGUUUUCACCGAUGUUCUGACUGAGUUAGAGAAUUGCAUCAGCAGUAAUUCUCCAAUGAGCAAUGAACAGUCAUUAAAUAGAGAUUUGAUGAUAACUAGAAUUAUAUCUUCUGAUGACGAGUUAGCACAUGCUUCAUUAUUCAGAUGGAUGAUUGAGAAAAACAAAUCAAAUCUCAUAUUACAAGUACGUUUUUUUAUCAGUUUUCGGGUUCGAAAGGGUUAG